AUGAGUGCAAGUGAUUCGGGUGGCGAGUUCGAGGACGCGAUGCCGGGCAGUCCAUCUCCUGCCGUAUAUUUAGAAGAGCCCAUACCAGAAGCCCCAGUUACGGUAGAAGUAGCAGAAUCACCACAGCAUGAAAUACCAACUGAAGAAACUGUCGACGUGACUGCUGAUACUUCUAUAAAUACUACUACGACCGCAGUGAUUGAAGAUGACGAUUUCGGAGACUUUGAUGAUUUCGAAGACUUUACACCAGCUGCUCCCAUCGAAUCGCAAACCACUUCAACCACAUCACCAGAACCAUCAAUUCCCAUAAUACCGACUGUACCAGAGGAGAUAAUAACGGAAGAUGAACAGAUUCCGAGAGAUCUACAGGAGGAAGAACGAUUGGCUAAGAGCAUGACUGCUGGAGCAUUAGAUGAUAGAGAAGCAUCAGAUCUACGAUUAGAAGCUAUAAAAGUAUUAACAGCAGCCUUCCCUAUACCGAUAACGUCUCUAACUGGCAAACCAACAACAACAUCCAUCGAAGGACUCCUAUUUGAAGAAGGCGAUGAUCAAACAAUGAGCACUUCAGGAUCUCCCAUGAACACCAACACAUCAUCGCCAAACAGCCCUGGUAGCACCCUCCCAGCAACACUACCAAACCGCCUCAUAGUCCCAUCCGCAACAUUUGCAUCACAGCCCUGGUAUUCAUUGUGGAAGCGUCUCGCUUCCGAAUCUACAUAUAACGAGAACAGUAUGGCACAGAGAUUCAGAUGGAGACGGUCUAAUCUACGUAAAGCGUUUUUGACUGGAUUGGGUGUUCCGUUGACGUUGGAUGAUUCGCAGCCUGCUGGGUUGGUUCUUACUGGAGAUAGUAGUAGUAAGAAGAAUACUGCUAGUGGAUCGACGUUAGGGUUGACCCUACAGCCACCUCCACAUGCUGUGCCCGGUGGUAGUGUGCGUGGCAGCACGGAUUCUGAGAAGAGUGUUUCGACUGCUGGAAACGCUAUGCGGGAUACUAGUCUGGAUUCACAUAAUGUGGGGACUAGUGCAUAUGAUCAUGAUUUGGACAUUGCUAAGAAACUGUCUGAAACUGCUGAAGAUGAUAUUCGAGGAAUGACUGUAGACCAACUACGUCUCGUCAAAGCUAGAAUGGUUGAUGCCACACAACGUAUGCAAGAUCAAGUCAAUUUCUGGCUGGAUGGUCGUGAACAACUUGUUAUGGAUGCUGAAAUGCACAACAAGAUGAUUGCAUCGUUGGUUCAGUAUGCUCAGCAACAACAACUGAAUGCUGCCGCGUCUAAACAACAAGCAAAGAAGGGUGGAGCAAAGGCCGUGAAAGCCAAACCUAGCAAGAAAUAA